CAUCGUUGCUGUGGCAACAUUUGUAAACAUUCUGUCUAGGAACCUUGGGGCAAAGCGCUGCGAGACUGCUAAGGCUUCCUUAGCUACCUCUGCUACUGCUUCAAACAGGAAUCUGCUCAUUUAGGCAAAAUAGAAUGGAUAAGAAAAAAGGGCUCCCGACCCAGAAGGUGAACACUCCUGAGAACCCUAGCACAGCCAAGACAAAGAAACCAGAUGCUCCAGAUCCCAAGAAUGUUCCAGAGCCAAAAGACAAUAGGGUCGUGGCAGACCUGAAGAAGACUGGAAUAGAGCAGAAAGAGAAAAAGACUGUGACCAUCGCUACAGACCCAACGGAGAGAAAGAGUGUGAGUGAGCCCAAAGAAAGGAAGACUGUGAUGGUCUCCGAUUCCAAAGACAAGAAGCCAGAGACGAAAGACAAGAGGAUGGUGACAUUUGUGACAGACAUAAAAGACAAGAGGAUUGUGACAGACACAAAAGAAAACAAGAUUUUGUCAAUAGACACAAAAGGAAAGGUGGUCAUGCCAAUUGUGUCAGAGGUAAAAGAAAAGAAAAUUGUGCCACCGGUAGAGCCGAAGGAGAAGGUGGUUGUGCCAGUUAUCCCAGCUGUGCCCGUUGUGCCCGUUGUGCCAGAAGUAAAACAGAAGAUCUUGGUGCCAGAGGUGAAAGAGAAGAAGGAAGUGCCACCUGUGCCUGAGAUAAAGGAAAUCAAGGGUUUUCGAAUCAUAUCAGAGAUAAAAGAAAAGAAGGCUGUGCCCGAGAUAAAAGAGAAGGUGCCAGGGACGGAAACAAAAGAGAAGAAAUCUGUGCAAGAUGCCAGAGAGAAAAAGCCUGUGGUAAUAGAAAAAAAAGACGAGGCAAGUGAACUAGCUGAGACUAUAGUUGAGAGCGCUGUGGCUGCUGCUGUUGAAUUUGUGGAAGAAUCCAGGAACCCCGUGAAGAACAUCAAGUGGAUAACUCAUGGGGAAUUCACCAUAGAGAGGGGUCGGAAAGAUAUUGAGAAGUUCGUGUCAACAUGGGAGAUUGAAAAGCGCUGGGUGUACCAUGCAGAUUUUAUAGAGAAGAGAGACUUAGUUCACUCCUUCCACUAUAUCUACCGUGUGUGCUGGAGCGCCCCCACUGCCGUAAGACCCAUGGCAAGAGUCAGUGCUUACGCCUACUUCACCAUCAAGUUCAACAAGAGCAAACCUCGGGAUAUGCCUGUUGAUGUCUCUUUCAUCUUUGAGAAUUCAAGACUACUUCAAAGACCAGGAAAGAUUCGAUUUCGAGAACAAUGGCUGAGGGAUAUUACUGAGACCACACAAAUUUUGUUGGAGUCUAUCCCCUUUAAAGUUGUCUGAUUCUUGUGUUAUGUUUGAGGACUCUUAACAAUCAACAUGUUAAAAAUAUGAAACAGCACAUCAAAUCACAUAAUAUUUAUUGAAUAAUAAACUUGUGGUACACAACCCAA